CAUUUGUCUUGCCUUGUGCUGUCUAACGUGUGCAAUCUUGUGUGUUAUUAAGGUCGAUUAUUGCUUAUACUUUAUUGUUUGGUUAUUUUAUGCUGUUUUGCGAUGUGGCUGCUUAUGUUUUAUUGUUGUUUCUUAACUUUUUUUGAUGGUUUUAUUUUUUACAUUUUGCACUUUACACUUUGUGCCCUUGAGCUGUGAAAGGUACUAUAUUAAUUAACUUUACCUACUUUCUCACUCACAUUCAUGUUUUCUUCGAGAUGAGAUUUAAUUUCUCCAUGCACUCUAAACACAAAGCACAUACAGUGUAUUGUGUGUUAGCAAGUUAAGUAGCAUCACUGUCACUGUCAUGUCUGAAACAUGAAUGUUAGUUUCCAUGAGACUUUAUCUUGAUGCUGUUCUGCUGAUCAGUACACAAAUCAGUGUUGAUGAAGUUCUGGGCGUGAUAAUGUCUUUACUGUCCUCAUACUGGGAUGAUAUGACCAAAGAGAUCAAACUCCAUUGACAAUGACGGUCAGUAAAUCAGCUGCUCAUUUUUAAUUCCUUGUAUCCUUGUUUCCAUGUUGUAUUCCUAGUAUAUAAAGUGCACUUCCCUCUGCAGCUUCAGAGAGCCUGCAGACACUCUGCUUAGAGGUUUGGGGUUUUAUGCAUUUGAAAAAUAACAGCAUAUCUAGAUUUUGACGAUUCAUUAUUUGACUUAUAUUUCAGCAGCUUAUCAGUGUAAACAAUGAGGAUCAUUUUGCUUCUUUGUGCCGCCUUUGCUCUGAGCAUCGCAACAGAGCCAGUAGAGGAGGUGGCAGCGACUCAGAAGAUACAUGCAGAUGAAAACAUGUCGGUUCAGAUAUUAGAUGAGACAGAACAGAAGGAUCAGCUGCCUGUGGACGAAGUUGUAGAAGUGACUUUUGGUCAUGUCAAGCAGAGCAGCUGCCGAUCCGGCUGGUCCAAAUAUGGAUCCAGAUGUUUCAUGUUAGUCCACAGAGAAUUGUCCUGGUUAGACGCAGAGAAACAUUGUAUACGUAAUGGUGCCAAUCUCGCAUCCAUCCACAACCUGGGAGAGUACCAAUUCAUCCAGGAGAUUUUGAGAGGGGCCACAAAUCGUUUUCCUCGAGCCUGGAUCGGUGGCAGUGAUGCUAUUAAGGACUUUGUUUGGCUUUGGAGUGAUGGUUCAGGGUUUUAUUUCCAGGAUUGGAGCCUAGGCGAGCCUAACAAUUUAGGAUGCACUGAGAAAUGUCUUGUGAUGAACCAACCAGAUAACCUCCUCUGGGGUGAUGCGAACUGUGAAGAAAAGCUUCUCUUCAUUUGUGGAACAAAACCUGUUUAAAUUAAAGAAGUACUCAGAUCUCAUACUUCAGUAAAAGUAGCAAUGCUACAGUGUAGAGUAUUCAGAAUACUACAAGUAAAGGUGCCAAAAGUAUUAAUUAUGCAUAUACUGUAUAUCAUAUUGUUGAAUUAUAAAAAAUAAUGCAUUAAUGUGUACAUUACUCUAAUAUUGCAGCUUUUAAAAGUGGGACUUCUUUUUUUACUUUAUAUACUGUUUGGAUAGCUAUAUAUAUAUAUAUAUUUUAAGAAUUGAAACAGAUGAACAACAAAUUAAAGGUAAAAAUUAAGGCUGAAUUGAAAUUAUGACAGUUUGACAGAGUUCUGAGAAAGUGUUCUUGUACCCUAUUAAAAUACCACAAUAAAGACAGUCAAAUAAAUCAAUUGAUCUGUGAGAAUUUCUUAAUGCAGCCUAUAAACAAUCUAUCUAUAAACAUUGUAUAUUAAUGCAUGCCCUUUUUCUCCAUUUGUGAGUUUACCAGUGCUCUUGUUGUGUCUUUAAUUAUUUAUAUAAUUACAACAAUCACAACUGGAAAUAAGUUUUAUUCAGUUAACUAUUUACCAAUGUGGUUUGUAAGUUUUAUUUUGAAACAUGAACAUGUAACAUGUUGAGAUUUAAGCACUACAAUUCUAGUGGAGAAAUUCUGAAUCCUUUAUUUAGGCUGUUUGUUGCCUAAAGUGCAGUCUAUAUUGGUGAAAUUGUAAUACAUUGAGGUUGCCGAAACCGCUAUCUUCCCA